AUGAUUGAAUAAUCAGAUAAGAAUAAACAAAAUGAUUUGAUUUUGUAACUAAGGAAUGUAAAAAAAAUCUUGAAAGAUCAAAAGACUCAAAAACAGUUUAUAGGAAACCAUACCAUAUUUUGCAGAUCAAGAUAAUUAGAAUUUUCAAUUGAAAUAUUAAGGUGUGCCUAUCUAAGUGAAUUACGAAGCUGUAGAAUGAGCAAAUUUCCAUCUUCAUCAGUCAUAAAUGGUUACUUUAGAUGUUGUCAAUAUUAUUUAGAUCAAGAGAAAUAAUACUCAACCAAUUAUUUAUCAAAAUCAUUUACUUUAUCCAGUAUAACCUUAAUAAUUAUAAUUUGUUUAAAUAGUACUUUUAUUUUAACCAUAUACUUAAACUUACAAAUAUCAAUAUUAAUAACAAUUAUUUUAUGCAAUUCCCUUACCUUAACUACAACUUAUUUAGAUCGAUAAAAUAAAUCUUAUCAACCAUAAGUUUAUUAUCAAGAUAACCCAAUUAUAAAUAUUUCUUCAAAAUAAGAUCCUGUAAUUUAAUAAAUUGAUGUCUAUAUAAUUUAACAACAUAACCCAUAAUCAUAGAUUAUUUAAUAUUGUUUAACAUGUAGUUAGAGCAUCAUAGCAAAUAGUUAAUAAAGUUUAUAAGUCUUAACCAUUUGCUGA